AUGGAAGGCUAUGACACGAAUCUGAUUGGUAAUCUCUACGCCUAUCCAGCGUUCAAGAAGCAGUUUGGGCAACCGUACAAAGACGGCUACCAGAUCUUGGGUAAAUGGCAGUCCGCGCUGGGUGGUGGCGCGACAGCAGGGGCGUUCGUCGGAGCCCUCUGUAAUGGCUGGCUUCUGAAGCGGUUUGGGUUCCGCUACGUCUUCAUGGGAGGCACGAUUCUAAUGACGGCGUUCAUUCCAAUCUCUGUCUUUGGCGAAAACGUAGGCCUCCAAGUUCUGGGCCAGGCGCUCUGCGGAAUACCAUGGGGUAUAUUUGCCACGAUAGGUCCAGCUUACGCGUCAGAAGAAAUGCCACUGGCGCUCCGUGGAUACCUGACGUCCUACACCAAUAUGUGCUUUGCAAUCGAAUCACCCUGGUGGUUGGUUCGCGCUGGCAAGCACGAGGAAGCCGAGCGCAUGAUGAAGAGAUUGACGGUCGACGAGCAGAGGGACAAUGCUCGCCAGGCUAUAGCCAUGAUGAUACACACCAAUGAGAUCGAGAAGGAGGUCGAGGUUGGGACGUCGUACCUCGAUUGCUGCAAGGGAACCAACUUGCGACGGACCGAAAUUGCUUGCAUGGCUUUCGCUGGCCAGGUCCUUGCGAGGAGCCAGUUCGCAUACUCGGCAACGUAUUUCUUUGAGCAAGCCGGGCUGAGUUCGAGUAACACUUACAAGCUCAACCUCGGCGGCACAGCAAUAGCCUUUGUUGGUACCAUCCUGUCAUGGUUCUUGAUGAAAUGCUUUGGACGCCGCUGGCUUUACUGUACUGGCAUUGGGCUGAUGUCGAUAUAUCUCUUCAUUAUCGGCUGCCUCGAUUAUGCGCACAGUGCCGCCGCUGUUCAGGCGCAGUCAGCACUUUGCUUGCUUUGGUUGUUCACCUUCUCUCUCAGCAUCGGUCCGAUCGGAUGGGCUAUCCCGCCCGAAGUUUCAUCUACACGAUUGAGGUCGAAGACCAUCGUGCUCGGUCGCAAUACCUACUACAUCGCCAGCACACUCGCCAACGUCGUCCAGCCGUACCUCAUCAACCCGACCGAGCUCAACCUUCGGGGCAAGACCGGCUUCUUCUGGUUUGCCUUCUGCACUGCUGCCUUCAUAUGGGCCUGCUUCCGCCUGACGGAGACCAAGGGCCGAACGUUCGAAGAACUCGACAUUAUGUACAUCGCUCGUGUGCCAACGCGGAAGUUCAAGCGGUAUCAGGUAGACGCAUAUGCAGAAGGAGUCGCGGUGGCGGAUCGCUUGUUCGAUAUCAGCAAGAAGCAAGGUGUCGAUACCGCCUUAGAGUAG